GUACUUACCAGAUCAGAAAUGAAGGACUCUGUGAGUGGCGCGCAGGAGGCCGCACGCCGGAGGAACUAGGCGCCGAGGAGGAGAAUAUUCCGCGCCCAACGCUCAAUGGCCAUUGGCCAAGAGAGUGAAGCUCCUCCUCCCAUCCCCUGAGGAACGGUGCGAACUCAGUAGUUCAUCAUGAUCCAUUGUGCCUACUGCAAAAUCCCAAUUAGUGAGCGAUACUACCUAUGCAUAGGGGAUCAAUUAUUCCACGAGGAUUGCGUCCGUUGUGAAAUGUGUAGCGUUAAAUUGGAUAUUUCCUGCUUUUUCAAGUAUGGAAAGAUCUAUUGCCGCAACCAUUACGAAAGACAAUUUGUUAAGAAAUGUGAGGUUUGCCAUGAAGUGUUACAUCCAAACGAAAUUGUCUGCAAGUUUGACGACCUCAUUUUUCAUUCGUCAUGCAUUUUCUGCUCUAUGUGUGGACGAAAAUUGCAGCAAGGUGACGAAUUCGUGAAACAAGAUUCACAAAUCAUCUGUUGUCAUCAUCUCAGUGGGUUGAAGGCAGAGACAGCGCGAGGACUUUCUACUUCAUUUACUCGAGUCAAAGACGGUCGCAGAGGACCCAAACGACCACGCACCAUUUUGACAGCUGUCCAACGGAGGCAAUUCAAAGCGUCCUUCGAAAUCAGUCCAAAACCUUGCAGGAAGGUUCGAGAAUCGUUAGCCAAGGAGACAGGGCUGAGCGUACGUGUUGUGCAAGUGUGGUUUCAAAACCAAAGGGCAAAAAUGAAGAAGAUCCAAAGGCGUGCCAAAGGGGAUGGUGAUAAGGACUCAAAACAGGCACAAUUCGACGAUGAGACCAUUUCAGAGGACUACGAAACAGAAGAGGACAUUGAUUCGAGCGAUAUGGAAUCAGCGAACAACCCUUAUAACCAAAACCCAAUCGAUCGGCUUUACCUAAUGCAAGACUCGUACUUCACGGAUUGAUGCCUACUCAAAUGAAUGAAAUAAAGGAACCGGUUGUGAGCAAAAGAUGGGUCUAUUUGCA